AUGCCUCGUUCAUUCACAAUUAGGAGACUGCCUGAGCCAAAACAUUCAAACACAUCACAAACUGCUGGUAAGGCUUCAUUUUACCGAAAUAUCGUGAGAUUUUUCCGACUUUUUCAUUGAUGCAGCAUUCUUUAAAUUUAAGUGACCGGGAAACGAGGAGGUAACCAAUAAAUGAAAAGAAAAAAAAGAGCCUCUUUAUUAGGCUUUGUAUGUGGUGUUCCCCACAUAGAUACCGAGCUUUAAACGUAAUGGAGUAUGUGAAACGCUACCAAUAAUUCGAGUUAAAAAAGUUCAAAAUUCUUCCGAAACAUCCUUUGUCCACAAAAUAAUGAAGUCUAUAAUAUUCACUGGCAGCUUCGGUUUUGAAGUCGCCCGCCUUUGAAGACCUUUAGAAUAUGCUGGUCAUGAAACUUUCCUUAUCAUUUGUAGGAAAGGAUAAAAGUGAACGAGAACCAAAAGUCCUGAGAUAUCCAGAUGCAGAUAACACAACAGUGGGAACUGAAACUAGCCAAGCAGGAAGUGACUGGAGUGUUACACAAGAAUCAGUAGAUAGGAGCCAAUUGCAGGAGAGUGCAAGGGAAUCUGCAGAGGGUCUCUCCUUUUCCAUAGAAAAAAUCCUAGCGUGGCCUGCCUCUGAAGCAAAACGUACCACGCGGAAACCUCUUAUUAAACAGUCCAGCAAUAGGACAAAGUACCACUGCCCUCACUGCCGAAAAGUCUUUAAAACGAGUUACACUUUUGGAAAACACAUGAGAAUGCCCGAGCACACGAGUGACAAGCCAUUUGCAUGUCGAACAUGUGGUAAAGGUUUUCGUCUCUCUAGUACGCUGUGCAGACACAAGAUCAUCCAUACCAAUCAGCGACCCUUCAAAUGUCCCGUGUGUGGCAAAGCCUUCAAUCGUCAAUCUACACUAAACACACAUCACAAAACCCAUAAAGGCCUAGUAACGAAUGACAACAGUGUCGACCAGCAAAGCUUCGGCUGCGUUGAAGUCUGGUAUAUUAAUCAAGGUGUUUGGUUAAAUCAAGCAUCAUUGAUUUAA